AAUCCAGCUGAUCUCUUUCCGGCCUGCUACGCUUGUAUUUCCUUUCAAGGCAUCUUGCGUUCUCGUGGACAGGGCUUCCAGCAAUCCGAGGGUCUUGCGAGGGGAAAAAUAUGCGUUAGCAGUAGCCAGAGAAAUACGCGUUUUGGAAAAUAUUAGGUAUUAAUUGAGGUGCACAGGAGGGAGAGCAUGCAGUUGGGAGCCGCGGCGGUCGGCGGCCUCUCCUUGCGAGCGCCGCCGCAGCGGGUCUGAGGGACGGACGAGAUGGAACGCGCUGGGCUCGGAGCUCCUCUAUCACUGCCACGCGAUGCGCGACUCAGCUGAUCGCGACACCGUGCACCCCCCAAAUCGGUGUCACCCCUUUUCACCGUUUCAUCCCGCCGCUGUCCUACCUCUGCCUUCUCCGUCCGGCCGAAAGGCGCCCUUGUUGUUCCGAACGUUUUAUUUUCGCAUGGACUGUUAUAUAAAUUAAUAUUUUUUCCUGCGGGUAGAGCACUUCUAAACCCCCGGGUUUUUUUUUUUGCCUGUUUCUCGUGAAGGUGGCAGAGGCGUGUGUGUGUGUGUGUCGGGGUCGUGGCGUUGUGUACACGCUGGCUGUAAUGUUUAUACGCGGACACACCGUGUUUGUGUGUAUGUUUCUGGAUUAGCAGAAUAACAGCCGAACCGUGCAGAUCGUUCUUAUGCAAUGGCUAUCCCAAAGGAAAAUAAGCGGAAGGUUGGAUAUACCAGCUACUUGCGUCCAGAAUGAGGACGGUUUUCUAUCGAAUUUAAGCUUCUGGUGCACAGCCAGACGCAUCUGGAAAGGAUAACACAGAGAUAAACUUUUUCCCCGGGUUGGAUAAGAUAUAUCGCAUAUGGCAUUUUUUGGAUUAUAGAUAAUUUUUGUGUAGAUUUUAAUAAUUUAUUUUUACCUAAGGCAGUAACCCUGCAAGUUUUUUGGUGAGGAGAAAAGCGUGGAAAAUGGAAUAUAGCCUACGUUUGAAUUUAAGACAUGUAUGAAAGAAGCAGUGGUUAUUUUCUUUUUCCUUUAAUAUUUUAGCACACGUAUCUAUAUAUGAGUCUAUAAAUGAAAGCUAUAUGUAACGAGCCAGCUAUUUAAAUACGCUGCAAAUUUCUGCUUUUGCUGUAAUAUCCCCGAUAUUGUACGCUGUCAAGCCUCGAAUAUUGAACUUCUUCGAGCAGCAAGAUUGCAAUCAUUGUAACUCACUACAACAGCACUUUGUCACAAUAACCAAAAAAAAUUAAAAUAAUUUAAAAAAGCCAAAGGAUCUUAAACCCCCAGCACAUCUGCGAAUUCGGCGCUUGGUAUGCUUUGAGGAUGUGCGCCGCGAGGUUCGGAGGGAGCGUCAAUGGCUACGCGGACGAGGCCACCAACGGAACCGGACCGGCAGCCGCGUCCCGGAUGCUGGACUGGGCCGAGGCCGGUGCGCGGAUCCUGCACAGCCUGGAGAUCGGAACCGUGAUGACGGUGUUCUAUCAGAAGAAGUCCCAGCGACCCGAGAGGAGAACUUUCCAGAUAAGGCAGGACACGCGGAUGGUCGUCUGGAGCCGAAAUCCCGACAAAAUCGAAGGCGAGAUUGACAUUGCGGAGAUAAAGGAGCUCCGUCUUGGGAAGGGGUCCCGUGAUUUUGAGCGUUACCCAGAGGAGGCACGCAAGCUGGACUCCUCCCUCUGCUUCAUCAUCCUCUAUGGACUGGAGUUCCGCCUGAAGACUCUGAGCGUGGCUGCGUUCAGUGAGGAGGAGGUGAACAUGUGGAUCACCGGGCUGAACUGGCUGAUGCUGGACACACAGAGAUCCUCCGCCCCCCAGCACAUCGACAGGUGGCUGAGGAAACAGUUUGAAGCCAUGGACCGCAACCGAGAGGGCAGCAUCACAGCCAAGGAUGUGAAGGCUCUGCUUCCCCAGAUAAACUACCGCAUUCCCAACAUGCGCUUCCUCAAGGAUAAACUGCAGGAAGUGGAGGCUCGCUGUGAGCUGACCUUCCCUCACUUCGCCCAGCUCUACAGAACCCUGAUGUUCGACACCCAGCGGAGUAUUAUAGAGCAGCUGGAGCUGUCCUUCCCCCUGCGGAAUGUAGAUCGGCCAGAGCUAUGUCAGAUCUCCUUGUAUGACUUCCAGAAGUUCCUGCAGCUGGACCAGAAGGAGCCAUGGGCGGCGGACCUGAAUCGGGUCAGGGAGUUCCUGCUGGGAUACCUGAAGGAGGGGGCACAGUCAGACCCCUCCCUGCAACUGGACGAGUUCCUCACAUUCCUGUUCUCCAAGGAAAAUUCAAUCUAUGAUCCCCGCCCUCCCCCCGUGAGCCCUGAGGACAUGAAAAGACCCCUGUCCCAGUACUGGAUCUCCUCCUCUCAUAACACGUAUCUGACAGGUGACCAGUUCUCCAGCGAGUCGUCUCUGGAGGCCUAUGCUCGCUGUCUCCGAAUGGGCUGCCGCUGCAUUGAACUGGAUUGUUGGGACGGACCAGACGACCUGCCAAUCAUCUACCACGGCCACACCCUCACCUCCAAGAUCAAGUUUCUGGAUGUGCUGCACACCAUCAAAGAACACGCCUUCGUCACGUCAGAGUACCCGGUCAUCCUGUCCAUUGAGGACCACUGCAGCGUGGUCCAGCAGAGGAACAUGGCCACGCACUUCAGGAAGGUGUUCGGGGACCUGCUGCUGACCAAACCUGUGGACGUCAACGCCGACGAGUUGCCCUCCCCCUACCAGCUGAGGAGGAAGAUCCUCAUCAAGCACAAGAAGCUGGCGGAGGGGACGCUGUACGAGGAGGUGACGUCUGCCAGCUACUCGGAGAGUGACAUCAGCAACUCCCUGAGAAAUGGCAUCCUAUACCUGGAGGACCCCAUCGACCAUACAUGGACUCCACACUACUUUGUUCUGACCAGCAAUAAGAUCUACUACUCUGAGGAGACGUCUCGCUACCAGAGCACUGACGAAGAAGAGGAGGAGGAGAGCAAGGAGGAGUGUAAUAAUAACGAGCAGCACUGUGCGGAGCGCUGGUUCCACGGUAAGCUGGGUGGGGGCCGCGACGGCCGACAGGUGGCGGAGAAGCUGCUGCAGGAGUACUGCGAGGGAGGGGGCAAGGACGGCACCUUCCUGGUGCGCGAGAGCGAGACCUUCGUGGGGGACUACACCUUGUCCUUCUGGCGCUCAGGGCGGGUCCAGCACUGCAGAAUCCACUCCCGGCAGGAGUCGGGCUCCACUCGCUUCUACCUUACGGACAACCUGGUGUUCGACAGCUUGUACCGCCUCAUCUGCCACUACCGAGACACGCCCCUGCGCUGCAAUGAGUUUGAGAUGAGGCUGGGAAACCCCGUCCCACAGCCCAAUGCCCACGAGAGCCGAGAGUGGUUCCACUCCAGUCUGUCCCGCGUGCAGGCGGAGCACAUGCUGAUGAGGGUGCCCCGCGACGGGGCCUUCCUGGUGCGCAAACGCAGCGAGCUCAACUCCUAUGCCAUCUCCUUCAGGGCGGAGGGGAAGAUCAAGCAUUGCCGCAUCCAGCAGGAGGGCCGGCUCUUCAUGCUGGGCAGCUCGGCCGAGUUUGAGAGCCUGGUGGACUUGGUCAGCUACUAUGAGAAGCACCCUCUCUACCGCAAAAUGAGGCUGCGCUACCCCAUCAACGAGGACACGCUGGACCGCAUGGGCACCACGGAGCUGGACUACGGGGCUCUGUAUGAGGUCCGCACGCCGCACUUCUAUGUGGAGGCAAACAAGAUGCCCACUGCACGGUGCACAGUCAAGGCCCUCUAUGACUACAGAGCUCAGAGAGAGGAUGAGCUGUGCUUCCCCAAACAGGCCCUGAUCCUCAACGUGGACAAGCAGGAAGGAGGCUGGUGGCGAGGUGACUACGGAGGCAAGAAGCAGCUGUGGUUUCCUGCCAACUAUGUGGAGGAGGUGCCCAGUUCCCCAUCGCGGGAGCAGGACGAGGCUUCAUCAGAGAACAGCCCCCUGGGCACCUUUCUCAAGGGGUUCAUCGACGUGCCCACCUGCCACGUAGUGGUGCAGAAGGAGGGCCGGAGCUCCAGGCCGUAUGUCUUUACCCUGCACAGCCAGCAGAUGUCCUCGCACCCCGUGCAGACGCUGGACGUGGCUGCGGACUCCCAGGAGGACCUCAAUGGCUGGGUGGCCAAGAUCCGGGAGGCGGCCCAGAAUGCAGAUGCGAGGAUGCAGGAGGAGAAGCAGAUGGAGAGGAGGAAGAAGAUUGCACUGGAGCUCUCUGAGCUGGUGGUGUACUGCCGACCGGUCCCCUUCAAUGAGGAGAAAAUUGGCACGGACAAGGCCUGCUACAGGGACAUGUCGUCCUUCCCGGAGACGAAGGCGGAGAAAUUCGCCACGCGCGGCCGGGGGAGGAAGUUCCUGCAGUAUAACCGCAGGCAGCUGUCUCGGGUGUACCCUAAGGGCCAGCGCUUGGACUCCUCCAAUUACGACCCGCUGCCCAUGUGGCUCUGCGGCUCACAGCUGGUGGCCCUCAACUUCCAGACCCCAGAUAAGCCCAUGCAGCUGAACCAGGCCCUGUUCACCCUGGGCGGGGGCAGCGGCUAUGUCCCACAGCCAGACAUCAUGAGAGACGAGAACUUCGAUCCUUUCGACAAGGACACCUUGCGUCUGGAGCCAAUCACCAUCCAACUGCAGGUGCUCGGGGCUCGUCACCUCCCGAAAAAUGGCCGCAGCAUCGUGUGCCCGUUUGUGGAGGUGGAAGUAUGUGGAGCCGACUACGACUGCAGCAAGAGCAAAACCGAUGUUGUGGCGGAUAACGGAUUGAACCCAGUCUGGAUCCAGAAGCAGUUUGUUUUUGACGUGCACAACCCCACUUUCUCCUUCCUGCGAUUUGUGGUCUACGAGGAGGACAUGUUCAGUGACCCCAACUUCCUGGCCCAGGCUGUCUACCCCAUCAGAUCCCUCAAGACAGGUUACAGGAGUGUUCCGCUGAAGAACAGCUACAGUGAGGAGCUGGAGCUGGCCUCCCUGCUGGUUCACAUUGAGAUUGUCAAUGCCAAGGAGGAAGAUGAUGAGAACCUCUAUUCGUCGAUCCAGCGGCUGCGAGAUCGCACCAGCGAGCUGUCCAAUCAGGUGUCAGUGCUGGAGAGGGCGGGCUCAGCAGACCUCAGCUACCAGCAGAGCCUGGACGAGCUGCGAGAUGCACAGGACCAGCUGACAGAGCUGAUGGAGGCAAGGAACCGCAGGCUGGUGGAGAAAAAGAAACGAGAGAAGCUGAGGCAGCAGAUGGGGGUGAAACGCAGUUAAACCUCCCGCCAGCAGAGGGCAGCAUCAGACUGAGGGCUGAGGGCACAGGGGCGAGCGGCUUUGCCUUAUCGUGCCUCGUGCGCAGCCAAUACCUAACUGGAAUAACAGGAAACAAGCUCUCGGGAACAUACAACUGGACAACACAGGACAACUAAUGACAAUCUAGGACUACACAGGAUUACAUAGGGCUACAUAGGGCUACACAGGACUAUACAGACCAGCGCUCCCAAAUUCCGCAAAAACACGCGUGAAAAAUGAGGAAAAAAUCCACACACACACAUCAGUUAAAAAAAGGAAAUAAAGGGAAGGAUUAAACCUCAGGUCGCUGUCGUUGCUCUGAAUAAGACUGACAAGGAGCAGUGGGACUGACAGCCAAGCAUUAAAGGGAACUGUUCAAAAAGGAAUGCAGGUAGCAAAAGGAGUUCACUAAAUAUACCAAUAAGUUUGUGCCUUCAAGUUAUAUGAGAUAUAUAUAUAAUAUAUACAACCUCGUCUGUGCGUAUUACCAGUGCACAGAGUUGGUUUGAAUAGAUCUGACUCCAUAUCUUUCAACCAUUAUUGUGUGCCCCUCAGAUCUCUCAUUUUCAACAGGUAUAGGGAAGGAAGGACCUUGCUCCUGCCCGGAAAAAAGGAAAAGUGAAAAUGAACCACUUCUGUUGUUAUGUGAUGAUUAGGGAGGGUCAAGAGACAGAGAGAGGGGGUAAUACAUAUGCACAAGAGGACCUGUCAAAAGAGGACCAUCAGUCUUUCUCCGUCUGAUGCCUUCUCUCUUUCUCUCUUUCUCUCUCUUUCCCUCUGUUUUUCUCUCA